AUGGCUGGGAUUGGAGGAAUGCCCGGCGCCAUGGAUGGUUCGAAUGGCCCACAAGGGACGGAAUACACAUUACAGGGUGUAAUGCGCUUCCUACAGACAGAAUGGCACCGACACGAGCGUGACCGCAAUGCGUGGGAGAUUGAACGGGCGGAGAUGAAGUCUCGCAUUGGUCGAUUGGAAGGUGAUCUGCGCACAAGCAAGCGCUUGCAUGAGGCCCUUGGGAAGCAUGUUCGUAUGAUGGAGACCGCCCUGAAGAGGGAGAGGGAGAAGGUCAAGAAGCUUUCGAAUAACGAAAAGUAUGAAGACGCUAAGGAUCCCAAAGAUGCUGCACGUGAAAGUGUCAACUUCCUGAAAGCGCAUCGCCCCAAGCCGAGCACGGACCCCAAUAAUGACGAAGAGCGCGACAGCGAAAAUCAGCAUGAGUGUCAAAUCGAGGACAUAGACAAAGUCCGGGGAUAUCUGUCCAAAGCUUCCCACGAAAUCGCGUACCAUGUUAUACCCGCCUCUCACCCGCCACCUGACCUGAACGACUCCGAUAUGUCAGGCCAGCUCUAUGGCAAUUCCCAACUGUCGCAACAGAACCUGGAAGAGGCUUAUCUUCAGCAGCAACGUCAGAAGGCAAAUCACGUUAUGGCACGUGAAAUGGCCUUACAGAACCACCAACCAAUGUCUAAUCACUACUCCGACAAUGCCAUGGCUCGUGCUCAAAACCAGUAUCUUCCUCGAGAUGCCAUGGAUCGACGGUCAAUGGACCCGCAGCAAGCCCCCGGCACAGCAAUUGAAAGUCGAACCCAAGUAUACGAACAGGGUAUAGUACACGAUCGCCCAAACCAGGCACACGAGACCCAGGGCCCUCGAGUGAUCGUCAAGGAGGAUGUGAAUUUGGAAAACUUGACCGAGGAAAGAACAGAGGAUGUGGAUGGGUGGAAUUUUGACGAACCGGCGGAGCAAGAACUCGUGGCCACCGAAACCGUCCCGCCUCAUCGCCCGGAUACCGAUGCUUUCCCAAAUGCCAACUUUACGUACUCUGAGUCGACCAAGGACGGGUCUUUCCCUCACCGGACGAAGAGCACGGAAUCAAGUCGUAAGAGCGAUGGUGCAAUUGAUGCCCGGGAAGCGGGUACGACGUUCAAACAAAAGCAAGAUUCCAACUUCGAAGUCCGGUUUGUGCUGCGCGGCCACUUAGAUGUGAUUCGAUCUGUCAUCUUCACUGGUGGUGGUAGCUCGGACGAGCCCGAAAUCUGCACUUGCAGCGACGAUGGAACGAUCAAACGAUGGAUCAUCCCAGGUACUUCUGGUGGCUCUGGAGCCGGUUCUAGCCAUAGCUCGGACAUUACGAGUGACUUUACUCACCGAGGACAUGAAGGCGCUGUGACUUCUCUUGCCGCCUGCUCACCGUCCCAGAACACCUUCAAUGGUGGCUCUGUGUUGGGUGAUGGGUUGGUGUUUUCAGGUGGCCAAGAUGCCAGUGUGCGUUUAUGGGAGCGUGGGCGGAUUGAUCCCAAGGCCACCUUCCACGAGCACAAAGAUGCAGUCUGGGGACUCUGUGUCCUUCCCGGGACCAUGGGCUCUGUUUUUGGCGACUCAAGUAGCCAAUAUGGUGGAUCGGAUCGCAUCCUUCUAGCCUCCGGCGCAGCAGAUGGCUACGUCUUGAUUUGGGCUAUCGGCGCCUCACCCUCGGCUGCAAACCGCCGUCAAGGCAGAAGGGAGCGGUCGAACUCAAAUUCAAUGCCCUCCGGUUCCAACUUCCCAACUUUGCCUCAGCCCAGUGUUGCUGCACCCCCAGCUUUCCAUUACACUAUUGUUCAUCGCAUCACCCGCCCUAAUUCUCCUUCCCCCACAUGCAUUAGCCCCUUGUCUCUUGCAGGCGUCAAUUUUGUCGUCUCUUACUCGAAUGCCUCUAUCAUUGUCUACGACACGCGGACCGGCGAAGAAAUUGCGGGUAUGGCCAGUCUCGAGACAUACGAUGGCACGCCAGCUACUGGGGUGAACUCAGUCGUCGCCACGACUGUCGGCUUUGAUGGAACAGUUAAUCUCGAUCCCAACCGCGCGAUGGCCGAAGAAGAAGAAGUUGUACACGGAGCUACUGGAUCAAGCAGCGUAGAGGGUGUAAUCAUCAGUGGUUACGAGGACCGAUACAUCCGCUUCUUUGAUGCCAAUAGUGGUCAAUGUACAUACACAAUGCUUGCUCACCCUGCUGCGAUAGCCUCACUGUCAUUAUCUCCGGAUGGACGUGAGCUCGUUUCGGCUGGUCACGAUGCAAGCUUGCGAUUCUGGAACCUCGAGAAGCGAAGCUGUACUCAAGAGUUGACAGGCUACCGGCUGAUGCGUGGCGAAGGAGUCUGUUCUGUAGUAUGGAGCCGUGAUGGCCGCUGGGUCGUUGGCGGUGGUGGAGACGGCUUGGUCAAGGUCUGCUCUCGAUGA